GAGCGAUACAAGCUGAACGUUUACAGUGGAGGAGGAUUUUUCAAAUCACACGUCGAUAGCCCUUCUGAUGACGAGAUGAUAGGCACGCUUGUCCUUUGCCUUCCUUCGCCCCACAAGGGAGGGGAACUGUACGUUAGCCACGAUGGUUUAGAGCACGUAUUUGACUUCUCGAAUCAUUCUGGGGACAAAAGCAAGAUUCAGUGGGCGGCAUUUUACAGUGACUGUAUUCACGAAGUCAAACCAGUUCUCGAAGGUCAUAGAGUCACAAUAACCUACAACAUCACUUUACCAAGCUCUGUGUAUCAUAAACAACGUCAUUCCCAGCAUCUUAGGUCAAAAGAUGAUCCUGAUUCUUUAGAUGAACAUUUUGAAGUGAGCGCAGAAAAUCCCUCCAUAACCACCAAGGCCCUUGCCAACGUUAACAGCGAGCUGGAAAAGAUUCGUCAACAGGGAAGAAUUUCAGCAGCUCGGAUUGGGAUUCUUUUAAAGCACAAAUACAUCUCAAAAGGGCUUCAACCACCUUUACUCAAGGGUGAAGAUAAGGUGUUGUUCGAUUUCCUGAUGGAGAAGCAGUGGAAAUGCCAGCUUAUGAGCGUGGUUUCAAGAUAUCAGACUAGAGCAAUCCAUCCUUACGGUCUAAUGGAGGAUGGAGAGCUCGACGAAAGUCACGAAAUCUACGAGUUCAAUCCCUUGCCUCCAAGUAACCCUCGAAAUCUGAGUUGGACGCCGCGGAGCACGCGCCAAGAAUUUCGUCAGUGGCGUGUCGGUAUUCCCUUCGUCGACAUUUACAGAAGAGCAGAGAAUGGUGCCGAGCAACUGGUGCGCAAUAACGAAGGACAAGGAAGUUGGAUCGGCAACGAAGUUGAAGAUGUUGGUGUGGAUAAGAUUUAUUUGGAUUCAGCAGUAAUAGUGCACCUCCGCUAA